AUGUCUUCAGCUACUCAACCUCUUCCAGCCGGCGUCAAGGCCUUGACAUUCGACGUUUUCGGCACAGUAGUGGAUUGGCGAUCCUCUGUCGAAACCGCCCUGAAAAAGGCCGCCAACAAGAAGACUGGCUCUCCUGAGUUUCAAUCCCUAUCUCCAGAAGUGAAAGAUCGCGUUCAAGCCUUGACAGAUAAAGACUGGGCAUCUUUCGCACAGCUGUGGCGCGACUCAUACAAAAAGUUCACCAAAGGCUUCGUCCCGGGCGAGACGCCAUGGAAGGACAUUGAUACCCAUCACUAUGACAGCCUGGUUGAAUUGCUAGACAAGUGGCAGCUGCAGGGUCUGUAUAGUGAAGAUGAGGUCAAGGAAUUAAGUCUUGUCUGGCAUCGCCUCACACCAUGGUCGGACUCUUCAGAAGGCAUCCACAAGCUUGGGAAGUCGUUCAUCACAUCCACUCUAUCAAAUGGCAACCGCUCGCUCUUGAAAGACCUCAAUGACUUUGGCAGCCUGGGAUUCCAGAAGCUGACAUCUGCUGAAGACUUCUCCGCGUACAAGCCAAACCCUGCUGUGUACCUUGGGGCUGCAAAGUCUUUUGGUGUAAAGCCAGAGGAAGUUACCAUGGUUGCUGCCCACCUGAAUGACUUGCAGGCUGCAAGAUCAAAUGGAUUACGGACCAUAUAUGUUGAGAGGCCUGGAGAGGAGGACUGGAAGGAGGAUGAUCCCCGUUUCCAGGAAGCAAAGAAGUGGGUGGACAUAUGGGUUAGUCAAGGUGAAGACGGCUUCGUGACAGUCGCCCGGAAGCUUGGUCUCCCUUAA